UAACUUUGUUGUUACGUGUCAUAAUUGUUAUUUUGAAAUUUAUUUUUAUAUUAAUGUUGAUAAAAUCAGAAAUUUAUUUACUUUCAAUGCGAGCCAUGAUUUUUGAUGAAAUAUGAAGUUGAAAAUGGGCUAUCAGAUGUAUAUUUUAUUAGCAAUUUGCGUGAGUAUGGGUCAUUUUGUCGCAUCUUCCGAAGAUACCAAUGAAAAAACCGACAAAACAGCGAAAGAAGGCGACGCAAAAGCACUUCCUGGAAGCGUUAAAAAGGAUUUAAAAGAACCGAAUGCGACUGUGACUAAUAAAACGACCAAUAGCACGAAAUCCACCGUGAAACCCAAAGAAAUUGAUAAAGAUAAAUUACCGGAAAACGGUUCGGUACAAAUUGAAUCCGGCGCUGUGAUUAGAGGAGUACUAGUUUUAAUCGGAAUUAGCAUGGUAUUUUUUGUAUAUUUAGGAUGUAAAACUUACAGGAGAAGGAAAAUGAAUGUAAUGGUGCGAAAGUAUGGUGUGAGAACGAGAAGGUCUGAUCUCGAAAUGAGGCCACUUCCCCUCGAUGAUGAUGAAGAUGACGAAACCGUUUUCGAUGUAGGAAAUAUUAAUAAAAACUAAUUUCGAAUUUGCAAUAAAAUGUGAGGAAUAGAGGGAAGCGGUUUUGUAAGUAAAUAUUUUUAUAUUUUACAUUCUAAAAACUCUAUUCAUUACAUUUUUAUAUAAAUUAACUGUUUGGAAUGCUUAUUUAAUCCACUAAAGACUGCCGAUUGGGUGCAAUAUAUUUUUUUAAUACAACUAACAUGAUAAAUUUUCUAAAAUGUAUCAAUUCUAGUUCUCUAAAUCAAUCGUUUUGUUAUGUUUGAAGGAGCGUAAUGACACACAUCUUCCAGUUAAAACUUUAUCCUUAAAUAAUAUAAUAAACUACUCGAAGCUACUGGCUAUUUUCUUGAGAACCUUGAUACACGAUUUCUAAAGCUGUAGUUACAGUGCGUACGUCCCCCUCGAUGGCUUUGGCCCAAUUUUCCACGUCUCCUAACUCCUUCAAGGCGCUGCUGAAUUGCUCGACCAAAUUCAACCACUGUUGGGUUUGCUUCGAAAAAUUAGUCGCGCUGCUGUGCAAUUGCUUCGCUUCGGCGUCCAGUUUCUUUUGAUUUAAAUACGCUUGCGCUACGCCUACAUUUAGAUGAUCCACCAAAGCUUGAGUCAAAUCGUUCGCUGCGCUGCAGGCUUCUUUACGUUUCGCUUCUUGAAUUUCUUUCUUCAAAGUCUGCUUGACUUGGUGCUCUUUCACCAUCGAUGAUAACAUGUUUUGGUAUUGGAACGCACUUUAUUGGUAUUUAAGAAGUUGUAUUGAAAUAACGGAUUGUUAGGAAUGUAAAUUUACUGGAAGGUUUCGUUUGUUUAUUUUUAUUCAAGUUCAAGUGUUUUUUAAUUUUUCUGACUUACGUUUGCUGUCAAG